GAUCGAUUUCACACACCGCUGACUGCUGGGCAAGUGACUUCCGGCUUUGGGCCACCGACAACCAAGCCCCCGAAAAGUGGCCAACUAUAAAUGGCUAUGUUGUUGUCAAAAUGCUGCCACAAAUUUGACGAGAGUGCAACGCGAUGGAGCUGCCAAUGGGAAAGUUAUUCGGAGUGCUAAGACAGCUGAGGAUGCAAGUGUUGCUAGUGCAAUUCAUGUUGCUCGUGUCGCCGGCGAUGUUGCAACAUCAGCAGCAUUUGUUCUAUCACCCCAGGCAGUUGUACAAUGAUGCACCGCGUCUGAGGAGAUUUGAGUAUGCAGCAGCAACUACGCCCUAUGUGGCUGGCUAUAGUCCAGUUGCAGCUGCUCCCCCGGCGAUUCACUUCCAACAGCAGACACCGCACUUCCAGCUGGUCAACUACCGACCCACCUAUCAGCCCUUGGCCUUGGAGUACCAGCAGCAACAGUUGCCCGCCCCAGCCCCGCCCCUUCCGCCCCUCUAUCCGCAACAGAGUGUCCAGUAUCAGCAGAGGACCAUUGCUCCACAUGCCGAGUUGGCCAAGUAUCGUUAUGAGGGGAACUAUCUGCCGGUGCAGAGGGUCUCCCUGCAGCAACCUCAACCUCAACGCCGCGUCGAGGAGCAACAGCAAUUGCAGCACCAACAGCAACAGCAACACUUGCAGCAGCAACAACAACACUUGCAGCAGCAACACUUGCAACAGCAGCAACUCUACAAUGUGCCACCGGCUCUCUUCACCAGCGAUGUGCUACAUGUGAUUCCACCUCGGAUCGCCAGAUUGCAGGAACAGCAGCAGCAACCCUCGCAGAAUGUCCAGACCGAACGACCCAGGAGGUUUGCCAAAGAUCUGGACACGGAUGUAGCCGAAACCAAGGAAACCAAAUACUUUCAUGAUAUUUUCAUGCGGUUUGAUGGUCCCAAUUCUCGGAGUCACGGCCACGUCCUCAAGCAUCCAAAGGCGCAGGAAAAACGAUUUGAGUCCCAACGAGGCACGAACCGCUACAAGGGCGAGGUGAUUUGGACAGAUCGUCAAGGAGGCCACGGCGAGCACCGCUGGGACAUGGCGCAAGGAAAACUCUAGGAUCAGACCCUGAUUUGCAUACCCCUUCCAUUGCCUUUCCUUCCCCCACUCUCUGUACAUACCCAUCAGAACUCGCAUAAAUCGUGACUUUUCAUAAUUUUGGCGUAUUAUUUAUUUAAGGGCAAUGAUUUGGCGUGAAAUUUGGACGAGCACUGCAAAAGAUUAGCAUACGAAUGUAGGAAUUGCAGCUUCCUUUUCAUCUCCUCAUCUUGUCUUGGGUCAUCUUAGAGAUUUUCUCACGCCGCUUCGGAAAAGUGGACUGUCCAACCGGUUACACAAGUUCGCGGGCAAUGGGCCAUCCAAAAAGGUCAACUGGCGACGGGCCAUCCUUUGGCUGGAAACUGGUUCUGGGCAGUGACCUGAAUGUCCUGCAGUUACUUGGUUACAGGACAGCACAAGACAGUCGGUCCAUCAUGCGGGUCGGAUAUGUAAAUGGGUCUGCCAAGGAACGGGAAGAAGGGGUUGAAGACUUUAGGGUCUUGACUGUCCUGUAACUUUCUUGUAACCUCGGGGGUUGCAUUCGCCUCUCAUUUGCAUAUCUCCUCCAAGUCGGACGAACAAAUGACACAAAUGCCCGGCGGCCAGGCCUAGUGUCCAGUUGUUUGUCUAUAUCUUGGGCCCGAAUGACCAUGCACAUGUUCGGGAUCCUUACAGCAGACCAGAUCAAUAGGGUUAUGUAAAUGGGUUGCAGCUUGGGCCGGGGUUGCCCUUUGACCUUUGCGCUAUGCGGGUCAUUAGCGAAGCGAUCGGCCCUGGCUGUCAGUCAUAUACACAGUCAUCUCACCUCCAGACUGUCCAGAACCGGUUCGUAAUCGCCGGUCUUGGAUUCUUCUUCUUGUCUUCUUGGGCGAUAAGGUCAUCAAAGCAAGGGAUAUUCGUCUCCUCAAAGUUCUCACACAUUCUCGUCUAAUUUAUGCAAGGACACUGCAGAAGGACACUGGAUGCGACUGCGAUGCGAUUGCGAUUGCUUUUGGUGUGGCGUGAGUUAGAAGUUCCCAAAAGGACAACCGGUCUGACCGGUCCAGCCGGGUUGUCCGAGUCCAAUUCCAAAUCCGUGUCUUCGGUGACCACGAUCCACGGCUUCUGGUGGGAACUCCCAUUAGAUGGCCUUUGUCAGCAACUGAACGAACGGGUUGUCCUUAGAUCUUCUUCGAAUGUCUCUGGGAUCUUGGCCCUCGUCCUUUAUGAGCUUUGCCAAUUGCUCGGGGGUUAGGUUAAGGCAUUGAUUUAUACGCAAAUAAAAUUUGUUUACCUUCGAGCCGACAGACAUCGGUGUGACCUCAAUUUGGACAUUCGGGCGAGACUCAGCUGGUCUUCAAAUAUUUCAACUCCAGGAAACUGAGAAGGUGUUAUAGCAGAGGGGUGGUAAAGGCAUUUAGCAAUUUUAAAAUAAUGUGAGGGAGACCUUAGAAUAUUUCCUUUUUGGUGCCACAGAUUUGUUUGAAAAUAGAACCAAAGAAUUAACAUUAUAAUCGACUAAGA